AUGUUUCAGGGAGUUGUACAAUUAAAACUACUGUGUCAUGAAUCAUUUCGGGUAUCAAAUGAAGAUGAUCUAUUAAUACAAGUAGUAAUAACCGAUCAUUUGAGGCGAGAAAUUCCCAUAAUGCAACCUUCAAACAGCCGAGAAAAAAGAAAUGACGGCGAAAUAAUGACCGUGGCAAGCGGAGCAAACGAAGAAUGGUCCGCAUGCAAUCAAUACCGUGGUCCAUCAGUCUGCACAGGGACAGAGACAUACAUGGGAACGAACCGCAAUUUGAAUGUAUGCGGCGAAGAAUUCAAACGAUUGGAUGGUGAUCUGCAAGGGCAUGGAGACAUACAUGAGGACGAGAAAUUAUUGUGA